GCCCGUGACUCACGAGUCGUGGCUCGAGGUGCAAUUUUUUCCGACAGUGAGGAGCGAAAGCCGGUGAUGCGCUGAAGCCAGUAGGGAAGCGGGAGAUUCGGGCAGGAGAUGCACAGGUUUGCUGACAAUGGACACAGAAACGAUACCAAAAUUCUCUUCCAAAGACGAGGAGAUUGAUUACUGGAAGGCCCUCUCGCAGCAGUACAAGAGGAGUUUUCAGGAGGCUCGGGACGAGCUGUUGGAGUUCCAGGAGGGCAGCCGAGAGCUGGAGGCAGAGCUGGAAACGCAACUUGGUCAGGCAGAACACCGUAUACGGGACCUCCAGGCCGAGAACCAGAGGCUGAAGAAUGAGGUGGAAGCUCUGAAGGAGAAGCUCGAACAGCAUUACGCCCAGAGCUAUAAACAGAUCUCCAUGUUGGAGGAUGACCUGGUCCAGACAAAGGGCAUCAAGGAGCAGCUCCACAAAUACGUGCGAGAGCUAGAGCAGUCCAACGAUGACCUGGAGCGGGCCAAGAGGGCUACAAUUGUUUCUCUAGAGGACUUUGAACAGCGCCUCAACCAGGCCAUAGAGAGGAAUGCAUUCUUAGAGAGCGAGCUGGAUGAGAAAGAGUCCCUCCUGGUGUCUGUGCAAAGGCUAAAGGAUGAAGCCAGAGACCUGCGCCAGGAACUGGCGGUGCGUGAGAGGCAGUCUGACACCAGGAUGUCAGCACCCAGCUCUCCCACACUUGAUGGCGACAAGAUGGACUCGGGUGUACAGGCCUCUCUGUCUCUGCCGGCUACGCCUGUCGGCAAAAAUGGGGACACGUCCUUCACAAGCCCUAAAGUGCUCUCCAAUGGCUGUGGCAGCUCACCGCUGACGCCGUCAGCCAGAAUAUCAGCUCUCAAUAUUGUUGGCGAACUCCUGCGGAAAGUUGGGGCACUAGAGUCCAAGCUAGCAGCCUGCAGGAACUUUGCUAAGGAGCAGGCAACAAGGAAGAGCUACGUCGCUACUAAUGGCACCCUGGUCAACAGCAAUGGCAACAGUGCCAAGUUCCCCGGGUCUCUCCACACCACCUACUUUGACAAAGCGGCAGUGAAUGGACUGGACUCCAGCACCCACUCCGUGUCCCCAAGCAGCCUGCUGCCCCUCAGUGUGUGACGGAGCGCUCCCUGCCCACCAGCUGUCGCAGCCACUGACAGGACAAAAAGGGAGCACACCUGAAAGCGCAUGGAAGGGGUCUGUUACACAGCGCUAACUCUCCUCUAACCCAGACUGUCCCGGGCACAGGUGCACACACCUACCCUCUCACCUUGGUCCACUGUCCUCUGGUCACGUGGCCUGCCUGUGUGUACGCUAAGGGUAUGAAUACGCACGCACAAAUGCACACAUCUCUCGAGUUAGCGCUGCACAAGGAAGCGGCCCUUGAGGUCCAAAUUGGUUUAGGUGUGUUUAUUUCUAGUGUUCCUCCUAUGAAAGAACUGAAGUUUGUCCCCACCCUCCCAUCAAAAAUAAAAUUUACAUGUGAAGAAAAGUGUUUGUAGGAAUGGUUAAAGGCAUUUAAUGUAAGGCAAUGAUUAAGCGGUUAUCACUGAUGCUGUACUGCAUUAGCACCGUGUGGUUAUCGAAAAGCCCAGUGGAGCCGAACCGCCAGCAUCCUGCACGUGUUGAGCUGUUCAUUCUACAGAGGACAUGCUUUGCUGUUGUCUGUUUUCCUCCAUGUUCCUAGAGGAUGUGAUAAAUGAGUGAAAGCAGCACAACACGUUGAGCAGCCCAGGCUACUUGUAGUACCACACAGGUUUGUAAGGGAAGCUGGUGUACGUCUCGGAGCAAACUCUUCGACGCUGGUACAGCCUUGUGGACUUUAAACCUUAAAACUGUCAGGAAAAAUGCUUCUGUCCUUCCAGUGUUUUAAUGAUGUUCUUUAUGCGGUGUCCGGCGUUGUGCGGCACACAAGCUCCUCAUUUUGGCAAAAUGGGACACUGUCCAGCCAACGUUCCCUGUCCAGUUAAACCGUUUAGACCAAAGACUGUGUCCAACGUGCCUUUUUGUUUUCAGCUGAGUUUAUUCAGUUUGUCGUCUUGGUUUACAUGUAGUAGUACUGUACUCAUUUAGAUCGAGUCCUCUAGCAGGGGAAUUCCAUGGAUUGGUGUUGCCCAAAAAACAUUCAGAACUCUUGAAGUUAGGUUUUUUUGUAAAUUCCCAGAUGGCUCGCUGUUUAACGAAACUGUAUUGCCUAUCAACACGUUCCACUGUAUAUAGGUUUGUACUCUGUCUUCAGUUGUUUGUAUAUCUACACACAUGCAUACAUCCACCAGUUUGAAUUUAUUUAUUUGAUUCCUUGUUGCAUGUAUUGAAAUGACAUCUAUUGCAAAGUGCAUCACAUGAUGUAGUUUUUAAAAUCAAAAGUUAAUAAAAUAUUUAAAAUCCAAAGC